GCGUUGUGAAAAUGUCGACCUCGUCAUAUGGAUGACCCUUACAAAUUGAAUCAAUCAUUAAAAAAAAUACAACUGGUCGAGCUAAAAAGAAAAAAAAACUUAAUCGAGCGGAAGAACACAUAUUUCUGGGGUAUUGGCAGUUAGCCUGGAUCCUCAAAUGCGAACCCAGUGAUGCCGCACAAGUGUUUUUCUGCAUGCACCUGAGCUUCAGAGUAUUUUACGCACUGAGGUCUUUCAGUGUAUCCUUUCGAGAGGGGGACGUGGGCCUGACUCUAGCUGCCUCGUCGCUUGACUUCAACACGCGAUUUCGUGGCCAUAAUCGUGUGUACGUACAUCGUCUUAUCAGUGGGUGUGAUCAACGACUCAGUUUUCUAGUUCUUAAGUGCCCUUGGUCUAGUCCUCGGCCCUAACGUUUUCGUCUUCUGUUAACUUAUCAUUAUUCGCUCAAGCUACCAUGAGCAAAGAUGUUCCUCCCUCGGCGUUUUUCCUGAAUGUCAGUGCGCGACAUUAUGGACAAAGAACAGAGCUACUGAGGAGCACUUUCUUCUGCAGCUUGUAUGGUGCAUUGUUUAGAGUGCCUCUUUCAAUUUCAGUCAACCACUCACUGUUGAUAAUAUAUUUAUACAUAUAUACAUGUACAUCUUCAUGAUUUAAAAAUGAAUGUAGAUGAAUGAACUAGUAUAAUGACUUUUGAUAUGAUAAAUAAAAGAAGUUGCUUAAGCAAUUUUUUCUUCGCCAAAGUCCUUUUCUGUUAAGAUUACUGCAGUCAAUAUUUAUUGAUUCUUAUAGUCAGAUUUAGGAAGAUUAGUCGCGUUGAGCGAAAAGGUCACUCCGCAUCAUAUAUUCUUUUUUAGUACGAGCGAGCAUGCUUAGUUUAUAGUGCUCCAUUUUUUUAAAAUUUUUUGUUUCGAUCAUCGAUACAUUGAAUUGUUAGAUGCUUAAUGAAAAGGGGAGAAUUGUUGAAGUAGGUGUAUUACAUUCUGAAAUAGCUAAUUUAAAUUUUAUGUGCGUGAUUUUAUAACGAUGCAUGUUUCUUAUUCAAUUGUAACAAUUUUUCACUAAAAAA